GCCUUUUGCUCAUUUUGGCGUCACGAAGGGGGGAGGGAAUGUUAGCAACAGAAUCCAGAUUGGAGGAAAAACGGCGGAGUUAAAACCCGGUUUCGGUCCAGCUGUUCAGGAAUGACACCUCCAUGGGGUAUGAACCAAUGCAGCAUAAACAACUGCCAGCAUGAAAAACAAACAGUUACCUAUCCAGUUUACAAAGCUGGGCACAUUUCUGCAUUGAAGCAGAAUGGACUGCUGCAGUCUCUAUCAGCAACACCCAAUGGAUUUAAAGAAUCAGAUAUUACAGAAGAGGUGCUGCGAGUCCGGGAAGAAUGGGACACCGUAGCAAACAUCCAUCCGGGAGGAAUUGUGGAGAAACCUCUUAGCCCAAUACCCUUGAUCUCUUUCAAUGAAGCACUGCAGUAUUUCCAAACAGCAGACCUCUCUGACUGCAGGAAAAAGAUUCAGCCAACAAUACAAAGGAGAGGCCUGGCUGCCAUGGCCCAUUUCCUUUUUGGUCCUCCCCGUCUUCAUCAGCAGCUGCAGAGUGAGAGAGACUUGGCUUUGGCCAUAGCCCAGAGUGGUUUGGAUAAUAAUGAAAAGGUGCACAUGAGGAUCUUACAAACUGUCUACAAGAAACUAACUGGCUCCCGAUUUGAUUGUGCCCGUUAUGGAGCCCACUGGGAAGACCUUGGAUUUCAAGGGAUGGAUCCUGGCACAGAUCUACGUGGAACAGGAUUGCUAGGAUUGAUGCAAACACUUUAUUUUGUGAUGGAUUCUCGGAUAUUACCUGUAGCUCGAGAAAUUUUCAAGCUGUCCCAUGAUGAGAUUCAGAAUUUUCCUUUCUGUGUGAUGUCUAUCAAUAUUACCCGUAUUGUCAUUCAAGUAUUGAGGGAAGAACGCCUGUCUAGAGAAUGUAAUCGAAGGCAGCAGGUCAUUGCAGUGCUCAACGAUUUGUAUGUGGCUGUAUUUUUACGCCUUUUCAACAUCUGGAAAACACAGCGAAAGACCAUUUCUGAUUCUGGUUUUGUUCUAAAAGAAUUGGAAGUAUUUGCCAAAAGAAACCCAAAGCAGCUGUUGAGACAUUUGGAGACAUACAUGAAUGGGAGUUCUGUAGCAGGAGGGGAUGAUGGUUUUCAGGCACCUGCUUUCACCUUUGAAGUUCUUGGUCCCAGCCUGAGCUCUGUCACCGUUGACAAUAAGGAGUUAAAUUUUGCUAGCAUUGGUGAUCUGCUGAUGGAGAAAGAACAAGACAGCUGAUCUGGAUCCAGGAUAGUGUGAAAAUCCUUGUAUGGGGUUAAUCAGCAAAGGUGGUUGCUCACAGCCUGUAUGAGGGCUCAGAGGAUGGCUGAAGCUCUUGAAACACUGCUAAAGUAGAAGUACAGGACUUCGGUUUUAGGGCAGGGCAGCUGUCACAAAGUGUGAUGAGAGCUCUGGGGGUGGCGUCUGGGAUAAAGAACAACCUGCUUCAUUCAAAAAUGAAGCAAUCAAGGCAGGACCUGUUUCUCCCAGUUAGUAGCAUUAAAACCAAUUUGUAGUGGGGAAUGUAAAUCUGAUUUAUGAAAUCCCACUGCACUCCUUUCCACCCCACAACGUUCUUCCAAUGUUGUUCCAGCUAAGAAAUAUAGUAUGUAAUGGAUUGUGAAAUCUGAGCUCGUGUCAUUUGUAAACAAUUUUGAAUUGCAGCACCACUAGGCUACUAGAUGGCUUACGUUUUUCUUCAGUUACACUUUUACCUAGAAGUUUAAGAAACAAGUCCUUCUAUCCUAUUGGUUGGGAGGCAUCAAUUCCUGGAUGGCAUAUCCUUGACACUUUUAUCAAUCCACAGAGGAUGUGUUUUGCUUGAAAUAAGAUAACAAACAAGUACUACUAGAUAUACUGAAAUUGUGGCACCCAUACUGAAUGCUGUUGAAAAUGAUAAGAGACCACCAGUAAUGACACAGUAACUGUUUUCCUUUUGUGAAUGACUAGUGGUUGUAUCCAUGAGGCAAAGCAGUUUUAUAGCCUCAGCCAUAUGGUAAAGCCAAUGUUAUUUCAUUCUUAUUCUUCCACUUCCCUGGGUUUUGGGGUGGCUCUGGGUUUGAUAUGGGCAAAAAGGAUAGACGUGUUGCAUGUGGAGUUUUCAAAUGUGUCUCAUAAUGUGAGAAAAGUUACUACACAAUAAGCCUUUAAAUAGUGGCUCUCCAGUUCCAGGAGACUCAUUUCAGCCAUGCAGAAUUCACAUGGAUGUCUUGUCCAGUGUACCGACCAUGAUGUAAAAUUCAAGCCUUAGUGGACAGUAGAUUUUUCCAUUAAAACUUAUUACAGUCUUCAA